AUGGAGUUAAACGUCAAGCAAAGCGGGAUUGUUGAUCGGUUGGUGUUUUCUACAAAUUUCAAAAUCAAAAACAGAUGUCUCAGACGAACCGUGGAACGGUACCUUCGUGAGGACUUGUCGUGUGGACUGCACAGCUGUGAGACUUGCGCUUCUUUAGGUUUGAACAAUCUGGGAAGGAACACGAAUGAGGGCAAGAACACGGUGGUUUUUGGAAAUCAUGCAAUUAUUGUAGACGCUGAAGUAUGUCUUCGUUUCAUGGAUGUCUUCGAUUCCAGUCUCUUCACAAAUAUCAUCAUCACUCAAAACGUUUGGGAAUAUGUCAAGCAGAAAUCUAUUACAACUUAUAAGAAGCUUAACAAGUUUGUUUAUGAGGAUAAAGAUCCUCGUUUUGCCAUAUUUAUGAGUGAGUUUCAUCACAAGACGUUCGUGCGGCAAGAGAUCGAACUCAGUGACUCGCUCAGACGAGAGAAAGUGCUCUAUGUUUGCGCCAACUUUUUGAAAGACCAUUGGUCCAAGUACAAUAUCGUACCAGUUGUUUUGUGUGCGGAGGAUGAUAUUCUGUCUAGGCUCAAAAGCAACUAUGAGUUGACAUUUACCAUCAAACAGUAUAUAGCAGGUGAAAUUUUGGUCUCCUCCUCUCUUUGCUCAGAAAUAUCAAACUCCAUACAACUUUAGUC